UAAAAAAGAAAAAUGAAAAAGGACGCUGCUCUAUGAGUAUCGCCCAGGUCCUGUUUCCUGACCUGCGUUUUACAUCCUGAAGCUUCACUUCAAGACUCCUGUCCUCUUCUCAUCGUCAGAUUCAGAUCCCCUUAUCCUUAUCAAAGUUAAGCCAUGGCAACAGUUAGAAAUCUGAAAAUCAAGACAUCGACUUGCAAACGAAUUGUUAAAGAGCUGCACUCUUAUGAGAAAGAGGUUGAGAGGGAAGCUGCGAAAACAGCUGACAUGAAGGACAAAGGAGCUGACCAUUAUGACCUCAAGCAACAGGAAAAUGUGCUGGCUGAAUCAAGGAUGAUGAUCCCUGAUUGUCGCAAGCGGCUAGAGGCUUCUUUGGCUGACCUAAAGGAACUUUGGCUGAGUUGGAGGAAGCAAAUGAGAAGGAAGGCCCAGAAUUCGAAGAUGCUCACAGCACCAUAACUGAAGUCGAAAAGUUGUUUCAGACAACAGAGGCGGCUUAGUUAUAGCUUCUGUUAGCGGUUGCAAAUCAAAAAAAUUGGCAUAGAUGGUUAUAAGUUUGUACUGUUUCUAUUUCUGGCAACAAUCUGGUCAGGGGUUAUGGAAUGCUGGUAGACGUCUUUUGAACUUGGUAUCUUGUCUGCUAUGUUCUGAAAUAGAUUCUGCAAAUAUCAUGCCAAUUGCCAAUUAAUUUUGUUAUCGUGAGUGCUUAUCGUCUGGUUUUUUUACAUUUUGUGGAAAACCAAAUCUAUGGUGAAAAAAAUGGGAAUUCAUGCUUAUUUGUAUGAGGUAAGUGGUGAUGAUAUUAAAAUACUGCGCCACUUUACUGGAGAUUAACCAAAAACUCAGAAGCUAGAAUUCCCACUGGCACCUUUGAAAAAGAGGCAUUCUGCUUU